AUGCGCGGAGGUCCUGGAGAAAGGGUGUGUUGUGCGCCUGCGUGGUUGCCGCUCAGGAAAAAUGGCGCUGAACCUCAGUCGCAAUGGGCCCGUUCUGCAGGCUGCCUAUCAGGAUGUGGUAAACGACAAGGCCGCUACUGACUGGGCACUUUUUACAUAUGAAGGCAACAGCAAUGACCUGCGGGUGGCAGGGACUGGAGAUGGGGGCCUUGAGGAGUUGGUGGAUGAACUAAACAGUGGGAAAGUGAUGUACGCUUUUUGUCGAGUGAAAGACCCCAAUUCAGGAUUACCCAAAUAUGUCCUCAUCAACUGGACUGGUGAAGGAGUGAAAGAUGCCAGGAAGGGGUUGUGUGCCAAUCAUGUCAGUACUGUGGCCAACUUUCUAAAGGGUGCCCAUGUUACUAUCAAUGCCCGUGCUGAUGAGGAUGUUGAACCUGAGGUCAUUGUUAAUAAAGUGGCCAAGGCCUCGGGCGCUAACUACAGUUUUCAUAAGGAGAGCUCCCGCUUCCAGGAUACUCAGCCACAGGGCCCUGUGGGCUCUGUUUAUAAGAAGACUAAUGCAAUGUCAGAAAUACAAAGUGCGAACAAAGCGAGUUUUUGGGCACAGACCCAGAUAGAUGAAGAAAAGCGAAGAGAAGAAGAUAAAAAGAAGGCGGCGCUGGAACAAGAGGGCUUAGAAAAGGAAAGGAAGGAGAGGGAACGCAGAGAGUCUGAACUGAGGGAGCAGCGCUUCAUGGAGAGAUCUAGUCAGAUUGACCAACAAAAGCAGUUCCAGAAGAAGCAAGAGUCACAGAGCAGAGAGUAUGAGAAACAGCGUUGGAAAGAGCAAGAGCAGGAAUACCAGGCGGAGAUGCGCAAAGGCUUUAAGAGAAGUCCAUCCAUCGAGAAGGCGACGGAAGCUGCAUCCGUUAUUUCCCAGAGAUCGGUGAAUCCAAAGGAACUGUUCAAGGAACGCGAACGUGGUAUGGCAGGAGAUUCCUCUUCCUUCAGUGGAAGCACACAGCCAGGGAAGCUCAGGAGCCCCUUCCUGCAGCCCCGGAACAGCCAGCCAGAGCCCCCACCCUCGCCGGUCCAGCCAACAGCCCAGUCAGUACCCCAAGACACUCGGCAGAAUGCUUCCGAAGCCGUCUCAAAGGAAGAAGAGCCUCAGACGGAGUGGAAUGAUGAGAAGGUUGAGAGUAAAGAAGGUUAUAGCUGGCAGUUUCACCAUUCUGAAACUUUAGAGCAGGAUGAUAUCUAUGAGGAUCCGGACGCACGUGUGCAACAGCAAGACAGCUCCGAGCUUGUUGAUGCAGACACUGGAGGUCAGGCAGCUUCUGUAGAUACCAAUUUGCACCAACCUGUGGCAGAAACUCAAUACCAAGGACUGUGUGCCCGGGCACUCUAUGAUUACCAGGCUGCUGAUGAGACGGAAAUAUCGUUUGAUCCAGAUGACAUCCUGACCAGCAUCGAGCAAAUUGACGAGGGCUGGUGGCGGGGCUAUGCAGUAGAUGGUAGUUUUGGUAUGUUUCCAGCCAAUUACGUGGAGCUCCUUACUGGUUAGUCAGUGUACAGUGUUGACCUUGCUGAUGGUGUCCAAACCACUGUCUGAUCAGCAUCAACAAGAUCUUCUCAAUCGCCAAUUGCAAGCCAAACCUAUACAGUGCCUCAAGCUUUCUUUUCUCACUUUAACCGGGAAGGGCUAUCGGUGGGAAUCUGAUUAGGAGGUGGAAGUUUUCAGUCAUUGUUGGAUUUCUGGCUUAAUAACCACUAAAGGACUGUUUUCUCCCUUCUACCCAGGCCCUCCUUUUCCCCCCUGUACUUCUUACCCUGACCCUCCACUGCUAGCUCCAACCCUCACUUGGUCCCCCCCACCAUGAUAUGCUGAGGAUGUAACUGGCUAGGGGCCAGUUGGGUGGUGCAGUAUGGAGAGUCUGAGUCCUCGAGGCCAUGAGUCAGGUAAGGACUGGAGGUGGGGGCUUAACCAGUGACUGUCAGACUCUUUCUGACCAAAACAACAGGACAUAGUGGUUGGUGGGAACACUUUCACAUUCCUUUGUUAUUACAUGUUGUACAUUUGGCAAAUCAGGUUUUCUUUGUGCUAAUUAAGGGGGCUGCAAGCUUAGCAUCUUGCUGUACUGCUGGGCUCAUGGCUUUGUCUGAGCAGUGAAACAAAACUGAAGUACUGUAGACGAUGGGAAUUUGAAAUACAAAAUGGCAACUGCAGGGUCAGACCAUCUAUCAACAGACUGAAUGAACACUUUGUUUAAUGGCCUUUUGACUGGAAUUGAAAGAUGCUCAGGUGGGGCAGAUUGAAACAUAUUCAGAAUCCGAGAGUCGCACAGCAAGGUCAAUCAGUGUUAAUCUGCUAUUCCUCCAGCAGAAUCACAACAAUGGGAGCACCUAUAUGGUGCUUUCAUCUUCUCCACAUUUCCAAGUCCACCACGGUACCAGUUCCUCUCCCUUAGAAUUAGCUGAGCAGUGACUAGCUUGCAGACAUCAGCACUGGUCCUUGUGUUUAUUGCUGGGGCUCGGGGCUGAGAUAUAUUUGAGCAUCCUGUAGUGGAAUCAACUGCAGCAAGUUAUUUACCACUUCACCCCUGUUUAGGCAUCGAGACCUGCCCUGCUCAGCCUUCACCGACUGCAGUCUUUGAGAGCUGAGUGGAUUAAUGAGGUAGUGCUGACUGGAAAAUGUGGUCUUUAUCUGGGUUUUAAUUAAGAGACCGUAUAAAAUGUUAACAAUUUGUGAAACCUAAGUUUUUGAAAUGAUUUCUAUUUAAGAACAUUAAUCAUGUAAAUGAAAAAUAUGAAUUGUUUCCAGAGGAUUUCACAGGCCUGUGACUGGCAGUCUUCCUCAAAUAAUCCCAAUGGUUUAAAGAUCUGCAGUGAGCUAUGAUGAUUUGGUGAAAAACUAGGAAUAUUUAACAACUCAGUGUCAUCACUUGUCUGCUUUCUUGACUCUGUCAGUUGUUGCGUUGUCAUUAAUAAAGGUGUUUUUCUUGAA